CAGCCAUUUCGAACGGGUCCAGACUAAAUUCGCGAAUGUCGUUAACCCGUCGUGAAUUCAAAACCGGCUGGAUUCGCGAAGCAGGUCCGCACUGUCCUUCCGACUACUGUUUCGCACGGAACGGCUGCACUACGCCGUAACGAGUCUGCCUUCCAUUCCGUCACUUCCGCUUUGUCGUCAAAAGACUGUUCGCUCGCCACCUCGCCGCUGUUUAGUUAUUACUUGACUGCUUGGUAGCGAAGUAGUCACCGUGGGUGUUGGUAAAGGCCUGAGAGAUUAGACACUUCGGCGCAUGUCUAGUGCAUCGUGGCAAGAAAUUAGACGACACUCUAGAAGCACGACGCGUCCCCGGGGUAGGUCGGGCAGGAAUAGUCGCGACUGGCAGCUGUUAUUAUGAUUGCAAAAUAUAAACAAAGGAAAUCGCAUGCGAAAACCGUUAACGUUAGCCAGGCGAAGAACGAGGGGGUCGGACGGAUGGAAAAUAUUGGUGGUUCUUCCAUCUGAGCAAGGUAAUGACUACCAUGCGGAUCUGCAGACAUUUUUAUGGAAGAAAUAGCUUAGACCGAACGCAAUACGAUUUAGGGUAGUCGUGGAUUUUAAGAGCGUGCUCUAGCGACUGAGAUUGUCUCUGCCAAAUAUUAUGCUGCUGCCUCCCCCGUCGGUGGUUUCCCCCCCCCCUCCACGUCAAACCCCACCAUCCCUCAGACUGCCAUCUUCAUCAUCUUCGUCCUUGGCUCUCCCCCCCUAACCAUCCUCCCACUGAGCCGUCCUCCCUUCAGCAACCACCACUACCCCUGCUACUACAACCCUUCUGACCUUGUCCCCCCUCUUUGGUAAGAUCCCUUCACACCAUCCCUCCCCCACCCCCCCCCCCACCCCCGCCCCUUUCCCCCUUCCCCCUUUCCCCCAUUACUUGUCACCCAAGUAACUAAUUAUCUUAGACAGCCCGCAACCAGAUCUCGGACUUUGAUCAAAUAGCCAGAACCGGUUGCAGUGGCUGCUUCAGCAACGGAGGAAAAAAUGCAACAGCAAGUAUGGGCUGAAGAAACUUUGCGCUCUGCUUGCUCAUUAAUCGUAUUCUCUUGACCGGGUUCCUUAUGGGCUGAUUUUCUCUGCCCCUUGGUUUUGCAGAGUCGUUGCUAUCUGCACAAUUGCUGUUCGUCAUUCGUCCGUUUUGUUCUUCCUUCCUUCCUUCCCUCCCGUCCCCUCCUCUCCACUCUUCUCUUCCGUUUCUCCCUCACUGCCACUAUGGACUCUGCUGGGUUGUCAGCUCGGCAUUCCGUGCGCAUGUGUGGUGUGUGGGCAUGUGUGCAUGCACGCGUGGCCUCUUAAUGUUGGUACAUCCAUACUUUUGUGUUGAUCUCUCAAUGUUAUCGAACGCACUGGUGUGCCAACCACUGCUACUGCAUGCCUUUCGUGAGGCUUCUCUCCACGCCUUGCCAUUCUCAGGAAUGCGCAGAUGCGCAUCCUUAUACUGUUUUUUCCCGGCAUGGCAUGAGGACCCACAAUACAUUGUGAUGCGCAUCCUUCUAACUGGUUGCUGCACCCGAAACCUUCCCAAUACCACUGCCACUGGUGGCCCCUCCUCCUCCUCUCCUCUUGCUGUUAGGAUCCCUUUCAGCCAUGUCACAUUCUUUCAUUCCUGGGAAUGAGUGCAGGAGCAGCGACAGCAGUGAUGGGGACAGGUGGAUGGAUAUGUGGGCAUGGAUGAAUGGGGCAUGGCGGUGGUGGGGUUACAGAUGUUGCUAUACUUGCUAUGAUAGUUGCCUUUAAAUCAGCUGUGGUAGUUAUCUCAACGUAGGAUUGAAUGUCGAGAGAAUAAAGCGUACAAGGGUAUAAGCCCAAGUGUUGUACUUGUCAAACAUCUGUAUUUGUCAUGUUUGUAUAGACUGUAUAGGGUUACCGCUUA